UGCUCUUGUCCCGUCCGUGAAGCACCGCACUCCUCCACCGACCUGCUGCCGACAGCACCAUGAGCACAGACGGAUAAAAAGUUAUUUUCAUGGGAAAAAAGAAGACCCCAACUGCAGGACCAUGGGGUAUGGGCAAAUCCUCCACCGGCGUGGGAAAGAGGAGGACCAGGUCCACCUCAACGUGGGAGGUGCGCGACACGAAGUGGACCCGGACACGCUGCUCCGCUUCCCCCACACCCGCCUGGCCCGCCUCCUGCGCUGCCAGAGCGAGGCGGCGAUCCUGGAGCUGUGCGAUGACUACAGCCCGGCCGAGAGGGAGUACUACUUCGACAGGAAUCCAAGGGUGUUCCUCUGCGUGCUCAACUUCUACCACACGGGUCGCAUCCACAUGAUGGAGGAGCUGUGCGUGUUCUCCUUCAGCCAGGAGAUUGAGUACUGGGGCAUCCAGGAGCUCCACCUCAGCCCCUGCUGCAGCAACUGGUACCACGAGAGGAAGGAGUACAUCGAGGACAGGGACUGGGACAUCAGGAGCGAUGACCAGCAGCAACCCAGCUUGGACUCUUCCUUUGAGGAACUCUCUGCUCUGGAUAAAGACCUGGCCAAGUUCAGAGGCGCCUGGUGUGGGGAGGUGAGGAGCUACGUUUGGCUCAGACUAGAGGAUCCGGGUCACUCCAGAGCCUCAAAGAUCAUCGCCAUAGCCUCUCUCAGCGUGGUGGUGAUCUCCAUCAUCGCCAUGUGUGUCCACAGCAUGCCCGAGUUUCAGCGAGUGGACGACAACGAGAGGCCCAUCGAGGACCCCGUCCUCUCCAUUCUGGAGGUCAUAUGCAUCAUCUGCUUCUCCGCAGAGUUCAUCAUCAGGCUGAUUGUCGCACCUUCCCGGAGGAAGUUCCUUGGAAACCCCUUGAACAUCAUCGACGUUGCUUCCAUUUUACCAUUUUACGCCACUUUAGCUCUGGAGACGGCCGACGAGGAGGUGGCGGAGGAGAACGAGGACUUAGAAAACGUUGGGAAGGUGGUGCAGGUUCUGCGCCUCAUGAGAGUUCUCCGGAUUCUCAAGCUGGCUCGACACUCCAUUGGGCUGCGAGCACUGGGUGCCACCGUCCGCCACAGCUACCACGAAGUAGGCCUGCUCCUUCUCUUCCUGUCUGUGGGAAUCUCCAUCUUUUCUGCCCUCAUCUACUUUGCAGAGAAGGAGGAGGAAGACACUGAUCUGGGGACGAUCCCUUCAGGGUGGUGGUGGGCGACGAUCACCAUGACCACGGUGGGUUAUGGCGACACGUGUCCGGUGACGCUGGCAGGGAAGAUAGUGGCCACUUUGUGUAUCAUCUGUGGCCUCUUGGUGGUGGCGCUGCCCAUAACCAUCAUCUUUAAUAAAUUUUCAAAGUACUAUCAGAGAAACAAAGCCAUGGAGGGACAGUGCAUCGCCAAGCCUGAAAGACAAGACCCAGAACUCCCUUAUUACAACAUCAGGGACUUGUUCACGGAAAGCGUGUAUCCCUUUAUAGGAGGCCUCGCCUUCAGGAACACUGACAGCAGCGGGGGGGACGAUACAGAUGCCUCCAGUCUCCAGGACAUCGAAGUGUAUGAUAAUGACACUUGUGAAAAUGGGGCAGCAAAAUGAGAUUCCUGCCAUUUCACAGAGAACCACUCCCUUUAUGACUGCAAGUCACUCCGUGCCUCUCAGGGCAGAACGCUCCAUCACUGACCCUGCCUUCCUGCACCGUCUUCCUCCUGCAAUUUGACAGAGAAAUAUUGCGGCCAUGACUUUUUUUCUUUCCUACAGGGGAAUAGCUUGUGAAAUAUACAGUGUCGCUAAAACCAGGAGAUCUAAAGGGAAUUAUCUGAACCUUGCUCAAAGGUUUGAAAGCCCAUUUUCUGCUUGAGAAAACUGCAAUGAUGCAUGUAGGAGGCCAUAAUGUUAAUGUUUUUCAAAGUAAUGUCCUUUAUUGAUUUGUCUGCUCGCUGAAAGUUCAAACUGAGCAUUCGCCAAAUCCAAAAGUCUAGAAUGACAACAACGCAGUUUGAUGUUUAAAAACGGUUGUUAUGGAUCUCUAUGUUGACUGAUGUUACACAGCCUGCAUGACCGAAAAUAAAUGCAUCUUGAGAGAGUAAUAAAAAUAGUUGCGUAGAAUAUACAGCGGUAUUGACGCUGAUAAAGAAAGGCUGCACGUCUCUCUCAGAGCACAGUGCCAGGUUGUUAUUAGGUUUUUGUUUUGUACAGGCAUGCUGAGGGGUAAGUCAUAUGGACAUGAAAUAAAACUCAGAUAAAGAUGCUUCUCACUUGUGGAAGUUCCUACAGAAAGUUGCAUCAUUCACAUUUGUUGCAUUUAUGGACAAUUAAAUGUUUAAACUUACAUCAGGAAAACAGUGCAGGACUCCACGCUCUACCUUGAUUGUAACUAUUCCUGACUAAAAGGAAAAAAGUGUUCAGCUGAGUGGUGACAUGCACUGUGACGCAAAAGGAAAACAUUCUUUACUUAUUCCCACUUUUCUGCUCCUGGAAGUAUCGACCUCCUGUCCCAGGUUAUAAUUUCCACCUGGAUGAGCUGCUGAGAUGUAAAAAAUCUUUCCUCUGCAGGGGUCUCCGAGGUGCUCAUGCAGUUGACCAGCAGCAUCCUCUCUAACAGCAAACUGCUACCUGAAGCGUUUCUUUUCUGAUUGGAUUUAAAGUUCAGCCAGUUUUUUUGCUGGUGGCUGGAUUUGAUGGCAGCCGAGGAGAUGAAACUCGUUAAAAUGAUCGUGAAUGCUGGUUCGGACUCUCAGCUCUUACUUCACAGCAGGUUUUGUAAAGACUAACUGCAGCUUAACCUGAACAGAUAAACCCAAUUAUGCUCUCAUUAUUCGUAACAGAAGUAAACAAGGUUUGAUCACAGGGCCUCCUGCAUCAGGAAUGCAUCAGUUAGCAGAUUAGCAUAUCGUCAGUUGUUAUUUAUUGGAAUGACGACACACAAAAUUGGUCCUGACACUCACUGAUUGUCAUUAAAUUUGCAUAUGGGUGUGAAGAGCUGGUGCAUGCUUCUGUAUGCAAAAAAGUUGAUAGAUUUGUAAACAUUCACAGAACUUUUACUGGUAAAAAUAUUGCAUCAGUUCAGUUCUCAUUUCACUCAUGUCUCAAGCUGUGACGAGAGGUCACAAAUAGACUUGAUUUACAUCCACUGCACUGUGAAUCGCUGCAAUAACAAAAGUGCAUAAUAAUAUAUUUGAGGUGUUGCUAGAUUGGCUAGAUGCACAUGAUGAUCAUCUCCGCUGCUGUUCCGACACACUGCUGUUACACUGAACACUCAUUGAACAAUGUGGAGUGCUGUGAAAUAUGUUGACGCUCAUCGGCCACAGUAUGUGAGGUGCACAGCAGAGAAGCAAUAUAUGUGGAAAAACAAUACGGAAGGACUCUUGGGGCAAGCCUGCAAUUUAUAUUCAGUGUUUGUGUGAGCAGUGAUAUCAGUCUUUGUGUAGAGGAAUCUGAGUUGCAGAUGACAGUCCAGCACUGUGGGCAACAGAUAAUAAUGCGUUCCUCACCAUUACUCCCAGACGUUUGUCUUUGUGCGCUGGUUCUGAUGAGGGAAGUGGAUUUCGAUAUCCUGUCACUUUGCUGCCAGCAGAAGCAUUCACUUACUGUGCUUUUUUCAGGAUGUGUGUAUUUCCCAUAAAUUCCAUCAGCAGCUGGUGUCUCUCAUCUGACUUCCAAAAAGUUUGAUGUUUUAUAAUUGCACUUGUUACAGUUCAGUUUGUGCUGCAGAACAACUUAAAAUAAUUACAUUUUAGAAGUUGUUCAGUGGAAUUUGAAGUGACUAUACUUCUGUGCAGUGUCACUUAAAUGCUAAAUGAUUCACCUCUAGAUAACUGCAUUAUUCCGAAGUCAUUCACUAUAUUAAAGCACUGUAGUUGGAACUCAAUGCAGCAGAAGUGAGUACAACCUUCAUUACCAGUACUUCAAAUCUGUAUUUGUCCUCGUGAGUAUGGAGGACAUCCAAUUACUUGAGAGAUGUUCUGCCAUUCUUUAGAGACAAAUUUCUGCUGCUGCUCUUUGCUGGAGAGGCUGUGUCGCUCUGCUGUUCUCUUUAAAACACCCCAGUUUGUCUAUUCGAUUCAAGUCAAGCGACACACUGGUACUACAUAACUCUUGUGUGACUUUGGCAGCGUGUUUUGGAUCACUGUCAUGCGGGAAUAUUCCUCUUCUGUCGGGCUUAUUUUCAGUGUUGUUAGCCAGUAUUUUUGUGAUGGCAACUAUGUGGGGGACAGCUACCUAAAAGGACUGAAAAAUUCAACUUACAAAUAAAAACACAUGACAAGUUAUAUACCCCUGUACUGAUGAGGGCUAACUUAAUUUUAGUUUUUCACAUUGUGCCUUUGUCCAUUUGGAUCUUUGUGAAGUCACACAAUCAGAUUUUUAGCAUUGUGCUGGUAAUAAAAUUCCAUGUAAAGCCAUGAUACAGACAUACACAAACCACUGGUCCAAAACAGAAAGUUCUGGUGUUCAAAUUUUAGUAAUGUCCAUGCAGUUAGAUUGAUUGUAAAUCACAGCUGCACCUAUUUUUUUCAGUGUAUUCACUUCUGCUGCUUUAACUUUCAACCUGAGGGCCUAUAUUUUCAAUACAGUCUUUCCAAUGUAUUUGUUUUUGAUUGUUGAUAAGGGUAAAUACUAGCCUAGCCGCGCUAGACCCAUGUUCUGAAGGCACAAGGGUCUAGGUCUGCUCGACAGGGAGGGAGGCGGGCUAAAAGGUUGUCUUUCAAAUCACUCUGAAGCAAUUGGGUAGGUAUACAACCAAUCAGUGCAACGAAUAGGCUGACGUAGUUCCUAGAGCGCCGGCGGAUUGUGGCUAAGUCCCAUUAGCUUCCCAACCAGCGGAGCCAACUGGUAUAUUAAGGAUUUGCCAUAUCCCGUCGGCAUAAGUCCAAAUACGUCUUUCUUCUCAAUGAAACACUUCAGUGCCGUCCUUUGUUUAUCUUUCAAGUUGAAUUUUAGCUUCAAAUCUUUAAGGGCAGUGGCCAAAGCCGAGUCGAAAGAUAACUGUUUAUUGUGCGCCGGUUGUUUCUGUCAGAAUCGUCGCGCCUCUGUUGUCACUUAGUUACGCCCGCCUUCUGACUCUACACUUCAUGGUGAUUGGUCUGGCCAGUUUUAGGAGCAUCCAACCUCGAGCCUUAUGGAGGGUAACUAGACCCACCCUGGCAGAGAAUUAAAUUUGUUGCCGUGGGUUGUCUAGCGCGGCUAGGCUAGGUAAAUACUGGACUUUUCACCUUAGUAAUAAUGCAGGGAUUGAAAGAUGAUGCUUUCUGAAAGUGAUUAACAUUUCAGUAAUUUUGUGACUUGUACUCACUUUUGUUGUAUACUGCAGAUAUUCGUACAUGUAUGUGUGUCUGCAGUACUUAGAUUUGAUCUCAUGGACUCCAGGAAGCAUCACAGUGAAGAAAGAGGAAGCUCCCUGUAGUCACACUAGCUGUCAGGACAAUAUGUUUACAGUUUAUUUGUUAUUAAUCAUACGUUCACCUCCUCCCUCAUAACUAUUCCUAUUUUCUGGAGGUUUCAACUCCUGUAUGACUGAGAUGGUUACAUAAAAGUGAUGGCUACAAAUCUUCCUUAACUUUUUUAAAUUCUCCCUUUUAAAGGCCGAAACAUUAAAGAUGAACUGUUAUUGGUCAAAUUCAUGGGUCAGAGUUAAGGUUAAACUGGACAAGAAGGCUCUCGCUUCACCCCCCGCAAUAAAAUCCAUGGAAUGCAGCACUGCAGUUGAAAUGAAUUGAUUUUGCAGUGAAAUUUUACUGUUUCAAAUGGCAGCAUGAGCGGCUACAGCUCAUUUACGUUACAGCCUUUAUAGAAGAUUUAUUUAGUCCUGCAGCAAAGCAGUCAGUAAGUCUUUAUGGUCCGUAUGCAUUAUGUACUCCUGGAAAUUCCUCUAUUAAAUAGUCACACUGCAUGGAAAAAAGUGUACUUAUUACAGGAAUAUAGUUUCCAUUUUUGGAGUAAGGCAGAUGACAUUGGUCAGGGUGUUAAUAGAAAAAUGUAAAUUUAAGGUAACAUUAAUGUGUAAAGGUCAUAUUGAUUGUGUCAGCACAAAUGCCACUGCAGCAGGAGUGAUUAAGAGAGCUGUGUUUCAAACUUUGCCUUCAGGCUUUUUUUUUCUUCUUUAAAUGAAACAGGCGCCCUCAGUACGUCAGUGUACCGCCGGCGGUACACCUACUAAUUUGCAUAGGAAUUUCAAGAAUGUCCGACGGCCGCAAACGCGCUUAUACAAACACUAUACACCGAUGGAAAGCUUAGAUUCUCAUGAAUCUGCCGGUAUAAACCACUUUCAGAUGCGAUUACCACAGCGGGUGAGAAAAACACAUUUGUCCGACAAAACAAAUAUUCAUCCAUCCGUUCUCUAUACACGGCUUCAACGCACACAGCGCGACUCAUAUUUCCGGGUUCAUUAUUAUACACAAAAAAAAAAGAUUCCACAAAAAACGGCCAUAAUCCAACCUUUUACAUCCAGAUGACACAAGCCAGGAAACUAUUUUGUCCAAAACAUGUCCUGAAGUCGGUAUAAAAUCCCCGAAUCGGUCCUUUUCAAGGAAAAGCACCUCGCGAUGCCCGUCCAAUAUUCCCCGUAUUUUUCGUAAUUUUUUUUAUUUAAAAAUAGAAUAUUAGCGAUUUUUUGUACUGAAAACGGCUGGAAUUGACUGAAGCUUAAAGGGUUAAGGCAGAGGUGAAGCUGCUCACCGCAAAACUUCUGAUAGGUCAAAUCCCAGCUGAUUGGAUGUGGUGGAGCAUUAAACAACCAGGAUAAAAGGUGUCACUGAACGAUCGGAUUCCUGUCAGAAACACUGUGAUCACUUUCAUGAGCGUGGAGCAAAAAACAAAUCAAUGAAAUUUAUUUAAGCAUUUUCUUUUUUUUCUCCCCUUUGGAUUUAUACUGGUAAUCGCCAAGCAGCAGUUUGAUGCUAAUUUGAAGUGAGUUGUUUGCACGCAGAGUAGAAGCAGUGAUGUUUUCAGUGCUGUCAGGAGGGGAUUCUCCACUGGACUUCAGUGUUAGGCAAAAGUCACUGCAGCAGAUGAUGGAAGCAGCAGAAGCAUAGCAGGCUUCCACCUUUAUCUACGUGUAGGGUUUCUGUGCACUUCAAGUUUUUGAUGAGAAAACAUAAAUCUCUCCCUGAAACACCUGACAUUUGUUUUCAGGCAUGAGUAUGGAGUUAUAUAUUACAUCAAGCCUCAGGCUCUAUGAAGGCAUUUGUCCCUGAACUUCACACAAAAGGUAAAGGUCACUGCAUGCAGUGAUGAAUGUGCAAAAGGCAGCAGAGUUUUAUGUUGUGUGAAAUUCUGCCGCAGUGCUGCAUCAGGCCUUCAUGUACUCAGAUUUUGUGUUUAAUAAGUGGAGAUUUACACAUACUAAAUUAGUAUAUUUACAUAUUUUAACUGCAAAUUGUAACUUAUUACUACUAAUUGACACCACUUGCAUCAGCAUUUGAACACACAAGUCACAGAGUUAAUGAAACAUGGUGCUAUUUAAUUCAAAUGAGGUUCUCAACAAGGCUAACUGUGAUUAAAAAUUAUGUUUCACACAAAUAACACCAAAUUGUAAAACACUGCAAUGAUGUGAGAUAAAUUAGCCUUGAAACAUUACUCUAAAUAUGUUUGUUAUUAUAAUACUGCUUGAAUACCAGACUGUGAAGACACAGAUAGAUUCCCCUCCUAAAGUAUUAGAACAGUGAGAACAAUUCCUUUAUUUUCUGCUGUAGACUGAAAACAUUUGGGUUUGACAUCAUGUGAUGAAUAUGAGACAAAAGAUCAACACUUCAGCUUUUAUUUCCAGUUACUUACAUGUAGAUCUGAUACACAACUUAAAGAUAGCAUUAUUUGUAGCAGAACACCAAUUUUUUAGGUGACCAGAAGUAUUUUAACAGAUAGACUUAAAGUAGAUUAAAGUAAAUAUGACUUAAUAUUUAGUUGCAAAUCCUUUACUUGUAAUAUCUGCAUCAACCCUGUGAACCACUGAUAUCACCAAACUGCAUUCUUCUUUAGUGAUGCUUUUCCAGGCUUUCACUGCAGCCUCUUUCAGUUGCUGUUUGUUUUGGGCGGUUACUCCUUUCAGUUUCUAUAGCAGGUAAAAUGCAGCUCUACAGGGUUUAAGUCUGCAGACUGACUUGACCAAUCUAAUACCUUCCACUCCUCUCCCUGAUGAACUCCUCUGUUGUUCUGACAGUGCACAUUGGUCAUUAUCUUCCUGCACGAUGAAGGAUCUCCCACUCAGUUUGAUUGCAAAAUGUUUCUCCAGUCUUCUGUGUUCAUUCUGCUGAUGCCAUCAUGUGCUCCAUCAUCAGUGAAUAUUAAUGAGCCCGUCCCAGAAGAAGCCAUGCGAUCCCAAGCCAAGACAUUACUGUUACUGUGUUUCACAGAUGAGCUUGUAUGUUUGGGAUCAUGAUCAGAUCCUUUCUUUCUCCAAACUUUAGCCUUUCCAUCACUUUGGUAAAAGUUCAUCUUUGUCUCAUCAGUCCACAAAACAAAAAAAAAUUGAGGCUCAUCUCUGUACUUCUUGGCAAAUUCCAGCCAGGUCUUUCUAUUCUUCUUGCUAAUGAGUGGUUGGCGUCUUCUGGUGUAGCCUCUAUAUUUUUGUUCAUGAAGUCUUCUGUAAACAGUAGAUUGUGAUUUCUUCACUCCUGCCCUCUGGAGAUUGUUGCUGAUGUCACUAACUGUUGUUUUUGGGGUUUUCUUUCCAGCUCUCACAAUGUUUCUGUCAUCAACUGCUGCUGUUUUCCUUGGUCUACCAGUUCGACAUCUGUUACUUUGUACACCAGUGGUUUCUUUAUUCUUCAGGACAUUCCAAAUAGAUGUACUGACAAUGGCCAAGGUUUUUCCAUCUUCUCUCAGCUUUACAAUUGUUUAUUUUUCACCCAUAGACAGCUCUCUGGUUUUCUUGUUGGCUACACCUCUAACUAUAGACGCAGUCUGCACAGGCAACACCCAAAUCUGAAACUGAACGUAGACACUGAGCGCUAUUUAUUCUUUGAUUAGACAGUGAAAUAGGACACACUAGGACAACAAAACACACCCAUCAGUCACAUGUUCCAAUACUUUUGCUCCCAUGAAAAAUGGAUGGGUUCAAACAAAAGGUGCUAUCUGUUAAAUUGUGUAUCAGAUUCAGAUGUAAAUACCUGGAAAUAAAAGCUGAAAUGUU